AGGUUUAGCGAUAGUUUACUUAGUACUAUUGUUUUUGCAGAAAUUUGCUCGGGGAACUGAACAAUGGCCGCUACCGCCGGCAGCAGCCACAAAAACCCUGCUUUCGAAGCCGACGAGGACAUCCCAAGUAACCCAUCUCACGAGUUCGCUCAAUUCGGAGCCGGGUGUUUCUGGGGAGUCGAGUUGGCGUUCCAGAGAGUCGAAGGCGUAGUCAAAACAGAGGUCGGCUACUCUCAGGGUCAUACCCACGACCCGAAUUACGAGUUGGUAUGCACCGGUUCUACUAACCACGUCGAGGUGAUUCGGAUUCAGUUCGACCCUGAAAUCUGCCCUUACACCACUCUCCUCUCCGUUUUCUGGAACCGCCACGAUCCAACCACUCUCAAUCGCCAGGGUGGAGAUGUGGGAGCACAGUAUAGAUCUGGGAUUUACUACUACAACGAGAACCAGGCUCGUUUGGCAAGGGAGUCACUGGAGGCCAAGCAAUCGGAGUUGGGAGAUAAGAAAAUCGUGACGGAGAUUCUGCCGGCGAAAAGGUUUUAUAGGGCCGAAGAGUACCAUCAGCAAUACUUGGAGAAAGGUGGACGCUUUGGAGCUAAACAAUCUGCUACCAAAGGCUGCACUGAUCCCAUCAGAUGCUAUGGCUGAAUCCAUUUUCACCAUAUUUGUAAUAUCCGAAGUUUACAUCUUUUAAGCUUCUUGUACGAGACUCUCGAAUAAAAAUAAGGUUUUAAUUAAGUUAAUAUUUUCAAGUUUAA